AUGAGUCGUCUCACACCGAAUCCAGCCAAGGUCCUGAUACGGGAGAAAGUGGCAGCGAGCAUCGCAGUUCUGUCUACAGAAGAAAAAAAGAGACAGUCUCAAAUUGUUUACAAUAAAGUUAUAAAUCACCCCAGCUACAAAGCAGCGAAUAAUAUUGCAAUAUUCAUGAGCACAGACCAAGAGGUCGACACAGCACCAAUGAUAGCUCACAUACAAGCUAGGGGAGCGUCCGCAUUCAUCCCCCAGUAUGCCGGGGGAAAGAUGAGGAUGUUGAAGUUGGAACCAGGAGAUGAAAAUUCUAUGCCGCUCACGAAACACGGGAUAUUGCAGCAUUCCAAGGACCAGAUCAGGGAAGACGCUCUGGAUGCCGGACUUGAUUUGAUCAUAGCGCCAGGUGUAGCGUUUACGCGCAACGGAGGAAGAGUUGGGCACGGGGGAGGCUAUUAUGAUAAAUAUAUAGCAAAUCUACGCAAGAACCCUGACACAGCGCCUAAGGUGAUUGCGAUAGCCUUUAAAUGCCAAGUGUUGGACGAGGUCCCGAUGGACGAACAAGACCAGAGGAUCGACGAAGUGAUUUUUGCUGACUGA